CUUCCCGCUGCAGCAGCCCGAAGAAAAAAAAAAGAGAACCCAGCCAUGCCUUGGAAAAUUGGUAAGGAAGCUUGGUAUUUUCUCCUUCCUUUCUUGUUCUAGAACCUGAUUUGGAACCCAGAAAUUCUUUCCCCCUACUGGAAAAGCCGGAUCUGCCCUGCUCUGCUUUGUCCUUCCGCCGGCUGCUAUGUGGGUGGGUGAUUUCUGGGCAUUUUUUUUUUGGGUAAGAACAGCCCCUAAUUCCUUUGUUUUUCCUUGAAUUGGCUUGGGUUAACUUUGAUUGCUCUUAUUUCCUUCAAUUUUGGGUAGCCUGUGAGUUUCUCCCCUGCACUCCCGCCGGCCUUCCCCAAUCUGCUAGCUCCAGUUCCUUGCUUGUAAAUUCUGGUUCCCGAUCGUUCUGUCAGUUAGUACGUGAAUUGAGUGCUCGGUUUUAUGCAAGUGAGGUAAGUAAAUUUAUGAUAAUGCCCGUACUGUUUUAUAAGCAUGUUUUGAUUUGUUUUUGAAGUGGUGGCGGGACUAAACCCGUUUUACACGAGUAUAACUGAUUUGAAAUGAUAUUUUUAUGCUUUUCAUGAAAUUGAGCAUGCCUACUUGAAAUUUGAGUGACUGUCCUGAUGAUCUGAAAGUGAUUGUGAAUCGUGAUUUUCCUGUUAACUUCUGCCUGUUUUGUCUCCGAUGUAGUCAUGUUAUUCGUGACCCCGCUAGUGGGGGAGGUAUAAACGCUAGCAUAUGUCGACAUGUAGUGAUAGAGCCGGUUCGUUCAACCCAGCUAGUGGGGGUUAUACACCAGCAAAUCGUGGCCCUACUAGUGGGGAUUAUACACUAGUAUUCCUGUUUGCCUGCCAGUGGGAACUGGCCAUGACCUAUAGAGGAGACGUCUAUUUCGUUCCCGUACUGUAUCCGUUUUGCGUGAUUGCACAUGUGGCAUGCUUUAAGUUUAAAUAAGGGGCACUCCAUAUUUACUUACUGAGUUUAUCUCAUAGUUUUUCCUUGUCCACCAUUUCAGGAAGUGAAACCAAGGACGGGAAACCACGGGAAGUGACGAGUUAGAAAGCUAGCCAUAUUGUAAUUGGAUAUGAAUUUUAGAAACAAUUCAUGAUCUUGUAUUUGGGGAUUUUAUGAUAUUAGAGCAGAUUUUAUAAUUUGAUCUUCAGAUUUUGAUGGUAUCAGAGUGUGAAUUUGAUAAGUUUCGAGCCUUGUGCAUUUGUGGGACCCGUCUCACGAGUGCACGGCGUCUGUCGCGUCUCGAAAUUGGGUUUUGGGGCGUGACAAGGAUAGACAAUUAUAUUAAAAUGAUGUGGUAUCA